CGUCUUCUCCCAUUCGACUUGGAUCCAACCGAAGUGCAGGUAGCAUUUGCAUUUGCAGGUGUGUAUAUAAAUUCGUAGCCAGUGAUGGAAAUGGAAGCAAUCUGCUCAACUAUGGCGAUCUAGCGUACCGUCUGCGCCUGCAACAAUAAUUAUCGACAGUUACAGUUCCAUUGCCACAAUUCCAGCCAUGAAGCAAUUGCACAAGCAGUCCUCCAGUCUGCCCUUCUCCCAAUCGUCCAAUUACUCUCCGAAAUCCGGUAAGCCUCCGCGAUCGCUCCCUAGAUCCAUCAAUUACAUCCUCCGCGAGCAGCGCCUCCUCUUCAUCCUCGUCGGAAUUCUCAUCGGAUCCGCGUUUUUCGUCAUCCAUCCAUCGCUUUCGAUUGUGUCGUCCUCCUCCGAUCCGCCGCCCCGCGCUUGGGCGGGGAACCGCGAGGAAUUAAUGGAGUAUCGCGAUAGCCAUCGCGACGAUUUGCUGCGGGAUUCCGAGAAUUUUAUCAACGAUAAAGUGUACAAUAGGUAUUCGCAUGGGGUUGGGCGGGUGCCUGUGGGGAUUUCGAGUAAGAGGAAGAGAAUUGUGGUUACAGGCGGUGCUGGAUUCGUCGGGAGUCAUUUGGUGGAUAAAUUGAUCGACAGAGGGGAUGAUGUGAUCGUGAUUGAUAAUUUCUUUACGGGGAGGAAGGAGAAUGUAGUGCAUUUGUUUGGGAAUCAUAGGUUUGAGCUGAUCAGGCACGAUGUCGUGGAGCCGAUUUUGUUGGAGGUAGAUCAGAUCUACCAUUUGGCUUGCCCUGCAUCGCCUGUGCAUUAUAAGUACAAUCCUGUCAAGACUAUCAUAUCAAAUGUGAUGGGAACACUUAACAUGUUGGGGCUUGCGAAAAGAAUUGGCGCGAGAUUCCUUAUUACCAGUACGAGUGAGGUUUAUGGUGAUCCUCUUGAGCAUCCACAAAAGGAGACGUACUGGGGACAUGUGAAUCCAAUUGGUGUUCGUAGCUGCUAUGACGAAGGGAAAAGAACGGCUGAAACUUUAAGUAUGGAUUAUCAUCGUGGUGCUGGUGUUGAGGUGCGCAUUGCACGUAUCUUUAAUACGUAUGGACCUCGGAUGUGUCUUGAUGAUGGGCGUGUUGUCAGCAACUUCGUUUCGCAGGCCAUUCGAAAACAACCAAUGACAGUCUAUGGGGACGGAAAACAAACUCGAAGCUUCCAAUAUGUGUCCGACUUGGUCGACGGUUUAGUGGCUUUGAUGGAAGGCGAGCAUGUGGGCCCAUUCAACUUGGGUAAUCCCGGAGAAUUCACCAUGUUAGAGCUAGCUGAGGUUGUUAAAGAAACAAUCGAUCCGAGUGCAACAAUUGAAUUCCGACCAAACACAGCUGAUGAUCCUCACAAGAGAAAACCAGAUAUCAGCAAAGCAAAAGAACUUCUCAACUGGGAGCCGAAAGUUUCCCUACGGGAGGGACUUCCACGAAUGGUGAAUGAUUUCCGAAACCGCAUCUUGAACACGGACGAAGGAAAGGGAAACAAAUAAGAGGAGCAUAGAGAAGACAGAAUGUAUAGAGUGGAAUUACGGUGCGUAUGCUUUACCUCUUCUUCCACGCGUUAUACUUCAACAUCUUUAAAUUAGUUAUAGGUCAAUCAUGAUAAGUUUCCUAUAUCUUUCGAUGUUCUGAUUUUUUAUUAGUUCAUUUUUUGUUAUGCCGGCUGGGAUUUUGCUCGAAUCCAAUAUAGUACCCGGAUAGAUAUGCGGCGUGAAUCACUUUGAUGUUGUUGAAUUUCUGUGAUCCCAACUGGAUGUUGGUUUUAAGUUUUUACCUUAUUAAUCUCCUAAGGCGAAUCUUUCGAUU